CACUAAUCCGAGAGAUAAUGCACUCAGAGUUUGGGAUCUGAUUUUGAUAACAUCAGAUCAGCUCUGGAAUUUAAGAUAAAUACCUCUAAGUAGUAGUCCAUCAAAAUCUAGUUAGCUUCCUGUUUUGUGUACAUAUAUGGUACUGUUCGAAAAGCAUGUAAAUGUCUGGUACUAGUUAGUUAUAUUAAAUGUGCUAGAUAAUUUUUCCGCGUGGUAACCGCGACCAGUGACUGGAGAUUUUUGGCGACGUGGCUGAGAAUCUGUUACGAUGACGCAAUUUAUUUCACUCUAUCUUCUGAAUAUUGAGUUCCAGUAUUCCUUUGUACAUACUUUUUCACUGUCAUUUUAAGGCAUAUUCUCAGUCUCUAGUGUUUCUUAUUAACACUGCUACUUUAUUAUUUCUAUCUACUAAUAAUAUUGUUGAUUCCUUGUCUUGCUAAUAUGCUAUAGCAUCUUUGAUUAACUCGCAUUUGCCCAUGGCUCUACAUGGUUAAUAACUGGCUUAGACGUGAUUUCGGAUUAGGGUUAUAACUUGAAAACAGGACGGGGAAUGAGUAUGUUUUAAAUCUCGGUUGUAUUUUCACUUUUGACAGGUUGGCAAAGAAAAAGGUUGACAGUUACUUCGUCAUACUAUCACUAAUUGCCAACGUGAUGUGGUAGUUUGACUGUUAUUUUGCCGUCAGUAAGGUUAAAGUUUCGUGCUGUACUUAUAACUUGCUUAACAUGAAACGAAAAUAGUGAAUUAUUGUAUAAUUCCCUUUAUAUUUUUCAAAAUUCGGCCAAUAGUUUUAAAUUGGCUAAGAAUUGUAGGACGCAUUAAACUUCGUUAAAGUAUUGAAGUUCUUGCACUAGCUAGUAAUUAAGGUUAAUAUGCAUAAACCUACAGGAAUCUUUUUGUUAAAUCACUUUUUUUCAUUUCAAUUUAUCGGUGAGCAAACCUGAUGUUUUUUAUACCUACAGCACAUAACUGGACUGUAGAGGAAACUGUACAUUGGCUUACAAGUUACGCCAAACUUCCGGAAUAUGAAUAUUUGCUUCAGAAAGGAAAUAUUUCAGGAAGCAUUUUUCCUCGGUAACUUAGUACUCAAUGCUUUUAUAAUUGUGUUUGCUGUAUGAAAAUUGUCUAAAAGGGUAUACAUUUUGCGACAGCUCGUUGUCAGUAAUUUCUAUUAAUGUCGUAAGAUUAUUUGAGGCUUGUCCUUUCAUUUUUUUUCAGCGGUGAAAAUCUUCGAAGGUCGUUCUAAUUUAAGUCUUAUUAAGUAUUUUACUCAAGAUUGCUGUUCCACUUUUUAGUGUUUCCCUUUAUUUGAAUAUUUCGAUCUGCUAAUUAAACGUCAAACUCUAUCCUUGUUAUAGUUCAUGUCUUUUUCUAAGUACACGUCGCAAUGUAACAGUAAAACUGAAGAUUUUUAUGGUGUUAAGUAAACUGCUUCCUGUUCAUGACACUGAUACCAGCCAUGGUUUGUAGAUCGAAUUUAAAAUCUCUAACCCAGUGGUUACAGAUUAAGUUCUUAAGCUGCUGAGCACACUGCUUCCUUAUUAACGUAUGUUGAGAUUUCUUAAAGUUCAGGAAUCUAAGAGAACAUUUAUAUAGAAAUCCAACGCAGGUAGAUCUGUUUUAUUAUUUUCUCUUUUGUAAGUAAGUUAGAUUAUAUAGUUUUAAAUUAGCGUGAAAACUGUCAAAAUAUUGAUUUCAUUUUAUGGAUUUAAUAUCACCCUCCUUAACGACUAGGAUGUAGUUAGAAUAUCUAGAUGACAAAUUUAGGUGCAACUCGAUUUCGCACAAAUUAGAAACAGACAGAAAAAUAUCUUUACUAGGUGGCAGAAUAAAUUGACAAAAACAUGAGUUUGGAAUCCGUUGUAAUGGUCCUAAGUCAUCUAUUAUUUGUGCAUUUAGGGGUUUAGUCGUCGAUUCCUGUUGAUUCGCAAGCAUGUGUUUGGUCUCCAAUACAAAGUAGGUAAGUUGUCUAGUCAAUGCUAAGCUUAAUAAUUUUCUUAGUCGCCGAAAAACUGAGAAGUGUAAUGAAGACGUUGAACUGAUAAUAUUUCUGUCUUAGAAGUAUCUUUGAAGUUUAGAUUCAAAACCAAUAAUUAUUAUUGUCUCUUGUAAUUUUACUCAAUUAUUUGCUUGUGACAACUUGGAAUGUACAAAAGAAUGUUGUUGAUGCUCAUAUCCAACAAAUAAACGACAUUGGUCACAUCAAUUAUAGUGAUGCUUACAGGGUAUUGUUAUGCGAAGCCCACUCCUAACACAGUCAUAUGGAAUAUUAGUACUGUUUGUAAAGCUCAUUUACUCCCAUUUACAUCCAUAUUGUAAGUAGAGACCGAUCCUGACCGUAACUAUUACCCUGACAUGAUGGUAGGGCUUCUCCAUCGUAGUAAUCCGAUCGAGCCACAUAGGCUGGAAUAGUUGUUGCUUUAGACCCUACUAUUCUAGGUUGCUCGGUUAAGGAACAGUAAAGCCAAAGUCAGCAAACUCGCGAUCCGAAGGUGGAGUCAUACUGUGUGAUAGCAGUAAGGUGUUCUCAGACAACCAGAAUCUUCAGCAAUGCUGCCUUUUCUUAACUAAAAGAGGAGGUUAGGAAAAGUUGACCCCUAAAUUUUCACAUCUCAUCUUACUACAAAGAUUUCUGUUUCUGAAGGUAAAGCUUUUUGAAGUGCAGAGCCAACACAUCAAAAAAUUCCCACAAGUCCCUGUACGACUGGCCUCAAAUAGUUAUCCCUUUGGCUCUGCGGUGACGUUCUCAGGUAAAUACGACCAUUACUAAUCCGGGUCUCUUCUCAGUUCCCUUAGUAAAAAAGAUCUUUUCGUCACGUGGGCAACCGAAAAGUAACAACCGCCUUUAUGCCUCUACCAUCACUAAACCAAAUCUUUUUUCCACUUGUUAAUAUUUCCUUCUAUCACUACUAUCAAUCCUUCGCCCGCAACUUUAUCCCCAUAUAUCGCCACUCUUCGAGUCCAUGAGAUUUUAUUGCUAGCUUCUUGAAGCUGCACUCCAAACUACAUGAUGAAGCUUUUAAUGUUGGACGUUAUGUCGAAUAAACCAACGGGAUUCCUUAACUAGGACUCUAGAAUCCCGUACCUGCGAUGUAUUCUGUGUCCCUUAAACACACACACACAGUAUCCAAAUGUAGUCAAUCACUUGAUUUUAUAUAGUUAAUAGAGAGAAGCAGUGCGAUUUAUUUGUUGUAUACCUCGAGACUCAAUUGCUACAUCUUGCGGCCUCGCUAAUGCAGACAUAGCGCUAAUUUCAGUCGCGAAAAAGCUCUACCAGACGGGAUUCCAACAGAAAAUCGCUUUUGUACCGUCCGACUAUGUAGGAAAGCAAGAACACAGAAAGAUAUGUCGUUGUUUCUCCCAACACUAUCAACGACUGCAGUUCGGAUUGAGUAAAAGAUGAGUUUUAUAGAAAGCUUCUUGCUCUCUUACAAAAAAGCCAAAAGCCCAAAUGUGAUUGUCACUGUCAACCUAACGUCUAAGUAGGUAGUUUAAACCAAGAUGAAAGACAUGUGGGUGGGUCUCCUAGUGUCCCGGAUCAAUUAACAGACAGUGGGGACAGCCUUUUACAACUAUGCUCAGACUAUUGUUUGUUCUUAGCAAGCACCAAUUGUAAUCAUGAAGACAUUGUUUGAUACGGCGAGUCCAAUAAUCCACUCAGUGAUUGACGUAAAUAGAUGAUAAGUCUUAUCGAUUGAACGCUAUAUUAGUUUCCUAAGCUAUUCUGGUAACCCGCAAGCUAGAACUACACAGCGACUUGAACACCAGAGAGAAGACGCAAGUAUGAGGGAAAAUACUUUACUCCAAGGUUCAUUUUAUUGCAGAAAAUAUAGGGUUUUUAUAAUGUUUUAAAUGUCCUUGGGUCGCUGGAAUAUUCUGGAAUGCUACUAAACAUAGUAGCACUGUAGUACCCAACCAAUCAGAGCUUCCGCAUGUGACGUUUCGCUACCUUGAUAUUUCUGGCCAAGGCUCCAAGUGAACGCUGAUUGAACGAAACACUUAGUGUUUCUUGAUGCUUGCUUGUCUUUUGCAAGCAAUUUCUGGUUCACCCCAACAAUAGACCAUAUCUCCAUGAUUCAUCGCUGAAUAAGUUCGAUAGAAGACUCCUCAUUUUGGAGCACACGUCCUAUUACUACGUAUUUGUCAGGAUCUUACUGGUCAUAGAAAGCCGCAUCAAAAAACGUAAAGUCCAACCCAGUAAUGAAGAAACCAAGAAUAUAUUUCAGGAACGUUUAGAGGAGCAGUCAGUCAAUCUUCAUAGUUAUUUUCACCUCAAUGUGAGUCGGUAUGAUAUCCAGUCAAACAUCUGCGAAAACAGCACUGAUAUUUACAAGUGACUAUAAUCAAAGGUAAAAAAAGUCAGUGGAUUUCAGCAGUGUCUACUGAACUGAUAUACCCUCGGAAAGUCAUCUCGUCAGACUCCGAACAUUGUGAGAAGCAACGGCAACUCAAACGUAAACUGUCAAAAAGGUUACGUAAUGAUCUUUAGCAGUAGUGGGGAGCCGAGGUAAAAGCGAUUAAAAAGACGGCAGCGUUAGGUAACAGUGGAGAGUUCCUCAAACAUAUCAAAGAAACGUAUUAAAAAUCCGGUAUUUAUUGAUACUGUUUUUAAGAAAGAUCGUUCAGUGGUGCGCUUUAAACCAAGAAGACUGUUAUGAUAGAAUACUUUGUAGAGCCGUGUCUUCGAACUGUCAUCUGCUUUAGCAACCUCAAGUGGUGCCCGUCAAGGCUGUCCACUUUCUCCAUUUUUGUUUGACUUCAUCAUAGACCUGCUACUGGAAAUAACGUUCUCGUCGACUGAAUUUUCGGGGACUGAUCUCCUACUAAGAGGCACACUUGUUGAUUUAGAUUAUGCAGAUGAUAUAGUCCUGUUUAAUGAAGAUGCUGAUAAAAUGCAGAGUCUUUUGGUAGCACUGCAACAAUGCCAGAAUAUUUGGGAUGCACUUUUCCCCUUCUAAAUGCAAGUUGUUGCUUUAGGACUGGCCUGCGUCAACACCUGAACUAAGGAUAGCGAGUGAAGUAGUCGAGCGCGUUGACAAUUUCACUUAUCGUGAAAGUCCGAUCAGCCCAAAUGGGUUGGUGUCUGACGAAAUCUCAGCACGGAUUCGAAAAGCUUGUUUGGCUUUUGCCAACUUACGUCACCGAUGGCGAAGACAAAGUGUCCGUCUAUCAAUUAAGGGACGAGUAUACGACUCGGCAUUCCGUUCUAUUUUAAUUUACGGCUGCGAAACGUGGCCACUAAGAGUAUAAGAUAUUCGUAAGCUACUAGUUUUUGACAACAAAUGCCUUAGAAAUAUUGCUGGGAUCACCGGGUAAGUAAUAGUGAGGUUAGACAUAGGGUAUUACGAAAUGCUGGUAAAUCAGUUGAUGAGGUUGUGAAUCUUCAUCGAAUGAGAUGGUUGGGCCACAUGUUACGUAUACCUGAAUACCUAUUACCACGACGCGCAAAGCUGACUAGUGUUGGGGAUGGUUGGAGGAAAGUCAGGGGCGGCCAAACCGAAACAUGGCAUCAGUGCUUGAAGUCACUAGCUUCUAGUCUGAGCCAUGUUGGUAGAUUCAGACUACUUGAUUGAGGUCCGUGUGACUGUCGUAACCGAUGGUUGGAGACUCUUGGUGACAUGGCUCGGAAUCGAUCACAAUAGCGUCGGUUUAUACACUCUCUGUCUUCCUUUAAACUAUGAGAUUAAAAUCGCUUCAUAUCUUUCUUUCUACGAACUAAUUCUUUCUUCCCGUACUAUGUCAUUAUAUGCAAUCUUUCUUUUAUAUAUUACCACCACUGAAUUAACUACUUCUAUGAAUCCGGUGUUCAUCUUGUGUUAAUGAGGUAUGGCAACUUGGACCGAUGAGCAUAUGUGCCCGGUCCUACAUUAUAGCUGACUGACUGAGGUGUCUUCGAAGCAUUGCUCGUAUGUUUUGGGACCAUUAAGUUAGCAUUCCUGAAGUUAGGCGCAAACGAUUCGGUAAGAAUAGCAAGUCAGUUGACAGUGUAGUGAAUCCUUGUUGAUUGAUAUUAUUGAAAUACGUAUUGCAUACGCCCAUCCACCGGCUAACUCGAUACUUGAUGGUUAGUACAGGAGUAUAUUGGGAAGAGAGCUAAUAGCGGCUAAAAUAAGAUAUGUCAUCAGCCUAUAAAGAGACUGACUGCUAAACUGAGUCAAUUAAGUAUGUUCAGACUGCCUGAUAGGAUUCUUCAUGAUUGUCGUAGCCAACGGUUGGAAACUUAGGGUGAGGUUCACUCCUUUUUCUUCCCUUAGAACAUAGGUUUCUAAAUUCCUUAUAAGAUUAUCUCACUAAUUUAUAUUUUGUCGUAUCGUAUAUUUGAUUGUCAGUCUUUUUAAGGUCACUAAUACUGUUACUACCUCUACUAUUCUGGAAUUCUCCGUAACAGUUUCACUUCACCAUUCUAAUGAGAUGUGAAACUUAAACUGAAUUCCACAUAUGCCAGGUUGUACGUUAUGUAUGCCUGACUGACUGGAAGGCCGAUACAAUGUGACUACCAUAAACUUAACCGUUGAAAAUGUUCUAGAGUUCAAAGGGGGCUAUAAUUCUUAUAACUCAAGUUUAAACGAAAUAAAAUAUCCGGUUUUAUGUUUCAGCAGUGCCAACUAUGAGUUGUGUUAUGAAUUCUGAUUUUCUGGGAAACUCUUAUUGACUAUUUUAUAUAUUGCCACUAAAACUCAAAAUUCUUAAAGGAGGAUAAAAGUCGAUUAUUUAAUUUCGCUUGGUUUUAGGAAUAAAUUGUCCUUUUUUCACUUUCUUGAGAGUUGAUCAAUCGUGUAUCUGUAUUCUACUAAUUUGCUUUUAGUGUUUUUAGACCAUAUACUCUUACAAGUGGUUUUUAUUAAUCAACUUACAUAUGAUUUUGUGAGAUAUUGAAAAAUACAUAAGCCUUUAAAUGGUGUGAAUAUUUGUGAUGCACCUUUAAUAUAAGAAUGUACUUUUAAAUCAUGUUCCUACUAAGUUUUAAACAUAUCAAGUUAUGAGAUAAUUUAACUAUUAAUACUUUUAUUGUAUCUGCCUCCAGUAAUUUUAUUGGGACUUCAAUAUCAAGAUCCGUCUAACUGUUAUCAAAUCUUAAUUUUACCUCAUACAUGUUGGUUGUUUGGGUCUUCUCAUUCAUGUUCAAGUCUGCGAUUGAUCAGUUUCUUGAUAUUUGUGCAUCUUGUUCAGAUCGCCUUGACGUUACCAUUAAGUCACAAGCAGUUUAAGCAGAGAUGAGUAGUGGCAAUAUUGAAGUCAUCUGGACAGGAUGCACAUAUGCUAAAAUGACUGACCGAUUGCAGUCCUAAACAUCAAUGGAAAGAUCGAAACAACCAAUAUAUAUGAAUUAAAACUAAAAUCCAUCCCACUCUACAAAUCAGUGGCUAUCAUAACUCAGUAGCUAGGUUUAUAACGCGGUGGCGUUUGAAGCGUAGGGUAUUGAGUUGGAGUCCUGGAGUAAACACCAACUCUGGAAUCCACUGCUAGCUGCCACUCAUCUUUGCUUAAAAUGUUAUCAAAUCAUUUUCUAAAAUUAAAAUAAUUAUUCCAAUUAUUGUAUUUGUAAGUUGUUAAGAUUUUUAGUUUUAAAACUAGUUGGUUUGUAGAGAAUGGGAUUUAUUUUAAUGGUUACUAUUUUUGAGUUGAUCUAGUCACGAUAAUGGUAAAAAAUUUGUCAACUCGCUUAAUUUCAUUAGGAUUUUCGAACCAAACGUUUGGGAAGCCCAUAACUUCAACAAUGUAAAUUCAUUGCAUUCUGGAUUGACUAAUCAUGUAUCAAAUGUUAAUCUUUUCGGUCCUCCUGAAAGGAGCCCUAGUAUUUAUCUGAUUGUAGGCGUUUUAAUGCUGUUUGGGUUAUGGUUUACAUCCAUGCUGACCAUUUGCUUUGUUCGUAUUCUUUCAAAACCUGGAAAAUCAAAUCUUAAACAUGACGGUUUAUUAAAGAGUAGAAAGAUUCUACAAGCACUUGAGAAAAAAUCUGCAAUUGACCAGUCUCUUGUUGACAUAUGUGCAUCCUGUGCGGACUGCUUCGGUAUUACCUUAAAUCACAAGUCUUAUGAGCAAAGUUAAAAAACGUGAAAUUUAUUCCUUUUUAUGACUUUCUAUUUCUCACUGAUUAUCCAACUGAUAAAGUUCAUUAUACGCUCUCUUGUUUAUUCAUUGUCUAUGCAUUUAGGUGUUUUUUCUUUCUUUUUCUCUUUAUCUAUUAGCUUAUCCCAUCAGGUAGAAACUUAUGAUUUAAAAUCGCUUAAUGUUAUUACUUCAUAUGACAAUAAUGAUAAUUCAGAUCAUCUAAAUUGGAAUGAAGUCAACAAAAUUCUUGGCCAGUCGAAAAUCAAUAUGUUUUUCUCCAAUACUCAGUUAUCAACACUUGUUAGUUUGCUUCAUGAAAGUUACAUUAUAGAAGCAAAAUACCUAUUAGAAAAAAUCAGUGGAACUGCUCAAAAGCUUUCAGUUGCCGAAGAUCUAGGCAGGUUAUAUUGGCCGUACAAAGCGAACACCUCCUAAACGAAUCUCAGAACAUUACCCGAUACGGCUUUUAGAAGGAAAAUGCAAAAGUUACCAGAUCAAUACAAAAGCAUUAAAUCAACUCUGGACAAAUCGAUCCGAAAGAGUCUCCUUUUUAAAUAAAUCUACAUAGUCAAAGGAACUGGGUCGAAUGGAGGUCGAGUCAAAAACUUAUCAACUCAACAAACAGCUGAACAGACAAUGUGACUAGCACCGUAACAGAAGCAUCACUGUACAUCACAAACUAAUUUGACUUAUUCAUUAUUUAGAAAAUGAUUUAGAGGUCGAAAACUAAGAUUAUGGAGCACACAGAAGUCGAUCUAUAUUGAGCAUGUGCCACACAUUGUCAAUAAACAAAACCAUUGGUCAAUUUUGGCGAAAAUUUAUUAAAUAAAUAGUACAAGUCAGUAAAGUAACAAACAUUCUAGUACUUUGCUUUCAACUAAACUUACUAUCCAAAUGAAAGGUGCAUUCCAAUGAUUAAACAUGAAGUAUUUGGAUCAAUAAGAUACAUUAUAACAAAUUGUUGGCUUUAUUCUAACAUAAAAUCCAAAGAACGGAAUAAUAUUAUACUAAAAUUUCUGUUUUGUUUUUAAUAUUUAACUACAACUUCUAUCGAUAUAUAUAUAUUACUUGAGAAUAUAAUGUUGCGUAACCUAUUUUUACAAGUGCACCAAAACUGAGUAUCAAAUCCAUACUUAAGAAACCAAGAAAAUUAGACGAGAUAUACGAAAGUUGGUUUAUAAAAAUCAUAUAAAAACGUUUACGUACACUGAAACUGACUAAGAUAGUUAUUAUAUGACGCAGAAAAUUAUAUUGUAAACAGUUUUAAAUUUUGUGUAGUAACACCAUAUUUAAAUAAAGCAAGAACAAAUAUUGGUGCAGAAUAGUAUGAAUUCAUAUUAUUUCGAGGUUUCUCGUCAGCUGCUUACAAACCAAAAUUGUGAUAGAAUUUUUACAUUGAGA